GAUAAUGACUGUAAGCAAGCCUUGUUAUUUUGGAAACCUGCUACUAGGAAUUGUUGGAGUAGAUGUUAACCUGGCUUAUAUUUUGGAAGAUGUCACCUAUUACCAAGAUUCCUUGGCUUCUUAUACAUUUCUGAUAGAUAAUAAAGGAUACACUCUUAUGCACCCUUCUCUUACCAGACCCUACUUGCUUUCUGAGCCACCACUUCACACAGAUAUAAUACAUUAUGAGAAUAUUCCAAAAUUUGAACUGGUUCGAAAGAACAUCCUUAGCCUCCCUCUAGGCAGCCAGCUUAUUACAGUCCCUGUGAACUCCUCACUGUCUUGGCAUGUAAACAAACUGCGUGAAAUUGGGAAAGAGGCCUACAACGUGAGUUAUGCCUGGAAAAUGGUUCAAGAUACAUCGUUUAUCCUGUGCAUAGUUGUGAUACAGCCAGAAAUACCCGUUAGACAAUUGAAAAACCUCAACACGGUACCUAGUAGCAAGCUACUCUAUCAUCGACUGGAUCUGUUGGGUCAACCUAAUGCCUGUCUUCAUUUCAAACAACUAGCAACCUUAGAAAGCCCUACAGUAAUGCUGUCUGCAGGCAGCUUCUCUUCUCCAUAUGAACAUCUGAGCCAACCUGAGACCAAGAGGAUGGUGGAGCACUAUACAGCAUAUCUUAGUGACAACACACGUCUCAUUGCCAACCCUGGUCUGAAAUUCUCUGUCAGAAAUGAAGUAAUGGCUACCAGUCACGUCACAGAUGAAUGGAUGACACAAAUGGAAAUGAGUAGCUUGAACAGUUACAUUGUCCGCCGUUACAUAGCAACGCCCAAUGGGGUGCUCAGAAUUUAUCCUGGUUCCCUCAUGGACAAAGCAUUUGAUCCCACUAGGAGACAAUGGUAUCUCCAUGCACUGGCGAAUCCAGGAUUAAUUACUUUCACUGGACCUUAUUUAGAUGUUGGAGGAGCUGGCUAUGUGGUCACCAUCAGUCAUACAGUUCAUUCUUCAAGUUCACAAAUGUCUUCUGGCCACUCUGUAGCUGUGAUGGGCAUUGACUUCACCCUAAGGUAUUUCUACAAGGUACUGAUGGAUCUGUUACCAGUUUGCAACCAAGAUGGUGGCAAUAAAAUAAGAUGCUUUAUUAUGGAAGAUAGAGGAUAUCUGGUGGCACACCCAACUCUCAUUGAUCCUAAAGGCCAUGCGCCAGUGGAACAGCAACAUAUUACACACAAGGAACCUCUGGUGGCAAAUGAUAUCUUGAACCACCCAAACUUUGUGAAGAAGAAUCUUUGUAACAGUUUCAGUGACAGGACAGUCCAGAGGUUUUAUAAAUUUAAUACCAGCCUGACAGGUGAUCUGACAAAUCUUGUGCAUGGCAGCCACUGUUCUAAAUACAAGCUGACAAGAAUACCUGGAACCAAUGCUUUUGUUGGAAUAGUAAAUGAAACCUGUGACUCGCUUGCUUUCUGUGCCUGUAGUAUGGUAGAUAGGCUGUGUCUGAAUUGUCACAGAAUGGAACAGAACGAAUGUGAAUGUCCUUGUGAGUGCCCUCUGGAGGUCAAUGAGUGUACGGGCAAUCUUACCAAUGCAGAAAACAGGAACCCUAGUUGCGAAGUCCACCAGGAACCUAUGACAUUUGCUACAGUUGAGCCCAACCUGCAAGAUGCUCUCCCUCAAUGUAUUAAUACACGAUGUAAUCAACGGAUGGAAAGCGGGGAUUGUUUUGGUGUUUUAGACUGUGAGUGGUGCAUGGUGGACAGUGACGGAAAGACCCAUCUGGACAAAUCCUAUUGUGCCCCUCAGAAAGAAUGUUUCGGUGGGAUUGUAGGUGCCAAAAGCCCUUAUGUGGAUGAUAUGGGAGCCAUUGGAGAUGAGGUGAUCGCUCUGAACAUGAUAAAAAGUGCUCCAGUUGGCCCUGUGGCAGGAGGAAUUAUGGGAUGUAUCAUGGUGCUAGUGCUGGCAGUCUAUGCCUAUCGUCACCAGAUCCACCGCAGGAGUCAUCAGCACAUGUCCCCACUGGCUGCGCAGGAAAUGUCAGUCCGCAUGUCCAACCUGGAGAAUGAUAGGGAUGAGAGGGAUGAUGACAGUCAUGAAGACAGAGGAAUCAUCAGUAACACUCGGUUUAUAGCCGCAGUUAUUGAACGGCAUGCACACAGCCCUGAACGGAGACGCCGUUACUGGGGCCGGUCAGGAACCGAAAGUGAUCAUGGUUACAGCACUAUGAGCCCUCAGGAAGACAGCGAAAACCCUCCCUGCAAUAACGACCCAUUGUCUGCUGGUGUAGAUGUGGGAAAUCAUGACGAAGAUUUAGACCUGGACACCCCUCCUCAGACUGCUGCGCUCUUGAGCCACAAGUUCCACCACUACAGGUUACACCACCCAGCACUUCACCACAGUCACCACUUACAGGCUGCCGUUACAGUACACACCGUAGAUGCCGAAUGCUAACAACCUGUCCCUUGAGGGGGGGAAAAGUCAACCUGUGAACAUUGAUCCAGGCAGUGAAGAGCAGACUUAAUGUGUUGUUGUCCUUGUUCUUGUUGUUGUUUGACUUUACCAGGCAUGGAUUUUUUUGACUAACUUGGGAAGACGCGUUUCACAUGGAGGCUGUGUGCUUAAAUGUCAAGGUAUUGGCUCCAAAGUGGAGGAGAAACCACCGUGAUGAAUGAACCUGCCAUAACAUUCAAUAAAAUGGAAUAAUAGGAAUGUUCAGCCUCCAAACACAGGGAGAAAGGUUUAUACUGUAAGUGGAGCCUCUUGAACUCUGUUAAUCUGAGCCAAGAAAAGAGUCUGCUCAAACAAAGGAGUAAGAGAGAUGUUUGCUUUCCUUAACUGGAAGAACAGAAACCUAACCAGCCAGAGACAAAAAAGGGGCUGGAUCCAGAAAUAGUCGUUGCCACAAGGUUUCCAUUUGUUGAGGGUUUUUUUUUAUUUUUGUUCUUUUUUUUAAAGUUCAGUGCUCUUACAAAGUGCUGUAUGGGACCUAAGACAGUGCAUCUCAAGAUUUUUAAAUAAAGGAUUAUUUUUGUACUAUUUAUUGAACUCAAAAUAUUCGUGAACUCUGAGGGAGAUGAAAGGGAGGGGAUUAAAAGCAUUACAGGCUCUCCACAAAUGCAGCCUGUGCUUUAUUUGUGUUGGUGAAGCUGUGGUUCUUCUCAAGAGGACUUGUCUUCUCUGUGAAUGGUAUAUUCAUCCCCCCUCCCUAACUGUGCUAUAAAGGGAAAAUGAAGAAAUUGUGUGCUGAUUUGUUUACAUAAUUAAGGUUUGGUUUCCAUGGUCAUUUUGUACACUUUGAAGAUGGUUUAUAACACAGUAUUUUUUUAGAGAUAUAUAAAUAUAAUAAUGCAGGGAGGAGGAAUACCAAGCCUCCUAGCUAAAAUGCUGAGAAUCCUGCUCCUCUCCUGGCGCUCCAUCCUGUUCAAACCCAGGCUGGGGCAGAGACAAUGUUCCAUUAAGGUAGAAACGCAGUGUUCAAAAACAGUUUGUGAUCAGUAAAUAAUAAUAAUAAUUUGUCCAGUUCCCUUUUCAAUUAUAAUAAUUUUUUUUAAAAAAAUAUAGGGGAAUGAAUGGAAUGCUUUGUAAAACUUUGGGUCCUUGUGAACAAGGUUUAUUUUUAAAUCAUAAUAAGACUUUGUCAUCUUUAUCUGAGAUUUAACAUUGCUUUAGUGAUCUCUUACACACAUAACAACAUCUGACUGGUACCACAAGGGCCGCUGUCUUCUUAAAUUAGUGUUAAAUCACAGUGUUUUGUUUAUUGUGAUUAAAAUAUUAUGAACAGAUCUCUUGCACUGUGCAUAUGAUCUACUUAUAUGUAGUUGAUUUUUUAAAAAAAUCUCUGGAUACUGUUUUAAUGAUAGGGUACUUAAUGCUUAUGUAAAAAAAGGUGCUUAAACAGUAUGUGUGUGCUUCAGGAUCCCCUUUAUACUGUGUAUAAAAUUACAGUCUCUAUUGGAAUAAACUGUACAUAUAGUA